AUGAAGCACACACUCGCAGCCUCCGCCCUCAUCGCCCUCGCCGCCGCACGUCCUCAAUGGGCUGGCCCCAGCGGUGCUGACCGUGGCAACUGGGCUGGUCAAAGUGGUCCAUUCGGCGGCUUCCCAUCCUGCGUCGAUGCCUGCCGCGACAACAAUGCCGACUACAGCGACUACAACAACCUCUGCGAUAGCAACGACAACCUCAACACCCUGAACACCUGCGUCGAUGCCUCGUCGUGCAGCGAUGCGGAGAAGAGCCAUGUCAAGCAGGCCAUUGUACAGCUUUGCGCGAAUGCUGGUGCCACCAUCACGGCAGCGCCUUUCGCGUCGUACUCUGCGACAAGUGGUAAGUUGAUCCAGCCUACGGGUGGAGUAGGACAUGGAGGGCGCGGAGGACCACCAGGACAGUGGGGUGCGUGGGCGAGGUCCAAUGGCGUGACUGGUUGGCCAACAGCAUCAUCGGAGUGGUCAAGCUGGGCAGUCGCGAAUGGCCUCCCCACAGCAUCGGCGGAGUGGCAGUCAUGGGCAUCACAACACGGCUGCGCUCCUGGCGGCGGUCCAGGGAGAGGUCCCUUUGGCCCCUACGCUUCAAACACCGCUGCUUGGUCGUCCGCUGCCAGCGAAUGGUCAGCAUGGAUUGCAUCCAACACCAUCCCAGCCUGGCCCACUGCACCCUCGCAAUGGUCCUCCUUCACAUCUGCACACCCACUCCCCACCGGCCUCUCUUCAUACGCCGCUUGGUGCCAGGCUAACGGCUUCCCGGGCGGCUCCGUUUGGCCAACGGCUUGGACAACCAACCCAGCUUGGGCUCCGGCUGUAAGCGCAUGGAACGGCAAUGGUACCGGACCCGGUCCAGAGGGCUGGGGAGGUCCAGGUGGUAAUGGUGGAUAUGGCCCCUUUGGUCGUGGUGGUCCUGGUGGACGGGGUUGGGGUAAUGGGCCUUGGGCGAGCGAUGGCGCUUGGACUUCUGGGCCGUGGACUUCGUGGUGGGGGACUGAUGGAUGUCCUGCUAGUACUUGGUCUGGCUGGACCGACGGCCCAUGGUCGACUGACGCUCCAUGGACGACCUGGUCUGGCUGUGCUGCCACAACCACUGGAUCGUCCGUCUACACUACCACCGUCACGCCAACUGACGGCGGCUCCGCUAUCACUUCCGUCGCCACCAGCUUUGGCGUUCGUGUCGCCCAAGCUACUCAGGAUCUGCAGAGCAUCACUGUCAACAGCGACUCUGGGGCUAUGCCGACUAACAUGGCAUUUGCUGGGUCUGCUGCUGGUGUUAUUGGUGUUGUUGCUGGUGCGCUUCUGCUCUGA